GUGAACACAAUAAUAUGGAUGUUCCAUUGUGACUUUAAACACAAUGAUAUUGUGGAUGUUCCGUUGUGAGUGUGAACACAGUGAUAUUGUGGAUCUUCCACUGUGAGAGUGGACAUUGGGCUGUGAAUGUGAAUACUGAAUAAUAUGGUGGAUCUUCCACUGUGAGAGUGGACAUUGGGCUGUGAAUGUGAAUACUGAAUAAUAUGGUGGAUCUUCCAUUGUGAGUGUGAACAUUGGGCUGUCAGUGUGAACACUGAAUGAUAUUGUGGGUGUUCCGCUGGUGUGUGCACGUUGAGCUAUGAGUGUGAAUGCUCAAUGAUAUUGUGGAUAUUUCAUUAUGAGUGCGAACAUUGAAUAAUAUUGUGGAUGUUCCAGUGAGAGCUUGAGAACUGCAUAGUGUUGUAGAUGUUCCAUUGUGAGUGUGGACUUUGGGCUGUGAGUGUGAACGUUGAAUGACAUUGUGGGUGUUCCAUUUUGAGUGCAAUCUUUGGGCUGUGAGUGUGAAGACGAUAUUGUGGAUGUUGUAUUGUGAUUGGAAACAUUGCAUUUUGGUAAUGAAUGUUGAAUGAUAUUGUGGAUGUUCCAAUGAGUGUAAACAUUGUGGUGUGACUGUAAACACUGAAUGAGAUUGCAGAGAUUUUACUUUGACUUUGAACAUCAAGAGAUAUCUUGAACCCUAGACUGAUUGCAAAUGUUGCACAUGUGAUUUCAUUUAUUGCAUGGUGCAAAUAUUUGGUGUGAUUCUGACAGUUCUAAUACAUAUGAAAAAAUUUGCAGUCUGAUUGUGCCUUCCUGGGCAGAUGGUGUGAAGUGGAAAUUGUCUUUAGCCUUAGUCCCUUGACAAGAGGCAAGUGUGACAGUCGAAAUGUCUUGACAUGGACUUGGACCAGAGGCAGGAUGCAAAUCAGUGGGUUUCUAAACGGAAACGAGCAAGGGAGAAAACAUUCAGUUACAAGACACCAUCACCGAACAAGAAGAAGAACACCAACUGCAUGAGUGUUCCUGAAAGGAUUGUGAAGGGAGAGGAGGAGAUACAUCUGGAAACAUCACUGAACAAGGAUUACAUGGAGCAGGUGGACUGCGACAGUCAGGAAGACCUCUUUGGUGACUAUGAUAGCUUUGCAGAUGACAGCGGCUUUUUAGCACAGCUUGAAGAUGUAGGAAGAAGCUUAGCAGAAAGUGGGAAGGAAGACAUGAAGGAUGCUGCUGUAGAAUUUCAGGAUCCCAACUUGCUUAAUUAUUUGCAAAAUGAUAAGGACAAAGUACACAAUCCUUCAAAGAAUGUGAUCCUUACUACUGGUGAAGCAAUGAAAGACUCAAGUGGUCAGAAGAGUAACAUUGCAAGUGAGCAGAUUUGUACUGAAGGCUUCUCUGUGAUGCAUCCUAGAAGCCCAGAUGAAACAGAUGAGUUACCAAGCUCUCAGCUUGCACUCGCAGAAGAAGUUAACUCACUACUGAGGAAGUCUGAAACCAAAGAGUUUGAAUCAGAAGCAAGUCAAGUAUUGAACACUUGUGUCAGUGACCCCCCUGAUAUCCCUUCAGUUUUAAAUCUGAACCUAGUCCAAAACCACUCAAGGACUACAAAUUCUGGAACAAGUAAACAAAUGAGCCUGAAAGAUCAGAUGAAAAAUGCAAUGGCUGGAAAUGCUAUGGUAUCUACACCCAGAGCAUCCAGGAGUAAACAGUUGAAGGAGAUUGCUCUUUCUGAGGAAAUAAAUGUUGCGCUGAAAACCAUCGAAGCCACUUCAGGGGCUGAUAUGGGACCUUUUUAUGGGCUUCCGAGCAAAGUCAAGAAAUUGAUUUUCCAGUUCAAAGGCAUCAAAGAACUUUACAAGUGGCAACAUGCUUGCUUGACGUUAGAAUCUGUGCGGGCAAGAAAAAAUUUAAUCUACUCCCUACCAACAAGUGGUGGGAAAACACUUGUUGCUGAGAUUUUGAUUAUGCAGGAACUACUCUGUAGGAAGAAUGAUGCUCUGUUCAUUCUGCCAUAUGUGGCUAUUGUCCAGGAAAAGGUGCGUGGUCUUUCAGCUUUUGGAAUAGAAUUUAGUUUCUUGGUAGAAGAAUAUGCUGGAAGUAAAGGUAAAUUCCCUCCAAUCAAGCGUCGACAGAAGAAAUCUCUCUACAUUGCCACCAUUGAGAAGGCACAUAGUUUGGUCAAUGCCCUAAUAGAAACAGAGAGAAUUACUCAUUUGGGACUUGUUGUAGUAGAUGAGCUGCACAUGCUUGGUGAAGGAAGCCGUGGAGCUAUACUAGAGAUGACAUUGUCUAAAAUUCUCUUCACAAGCAAAACAACGCAAAUCAUUGGAAUGAGUGCAACCCUGAAUAAUGUGAGUGAUUUGCAGCACUUUCUGAAGGCAGAACAUUUCGCUAGUAACUUUCGACCUGUUCAACUAAAAGAAUACGUCAAAAUUUAUGAUAAGAUUUACGAGGUGGACCACAAAUCAGAAGACUAUUUCACAUUUUCUCGUGUAUUAAGUUACAAGUAUUCAAGUAAUAUGGAGAAGAUUGAUCCAGAUCACUUAAUUGCACUGGUGACUGAAGUUAUUCCAAAAUAUUCCUGUCUUGUAUUCUGUCCCACCAAAAAGAACUGUGAAAAUGUGAGCAAGAUGCUCUGCAAAUAUUUGAACAAGUCAUUUUUAACCAUAAAAGAGAAAGAAAAGUGUGCUCUUAUUCAAGAAUUGAAAAACAUUGGAAAUGGUAUGGUAUGUCCCAUUUUACGUGACACUGUGCCAUUUGGAUUAGCAUACCACCAUAGUGGACUAACAAAUGAUGAACGAAAACUAAUAGAGGAUGCAUAUACUGCAGGAAUACUCUGCUUGCUUGCUUGUACAUCAACACUUGCUGCUGGUGUUAAUCUUCCAGCUCGGAGGGUCAUUCUGAGAUCACCUUAUGUUGCCAGAGAUUUCUUAAAAACAAGUCAGUACAAACAGAUGGUCGGCAGAGCUGGCCGAGCUGGUUUGGAUACAGAGGGAGAGAGUAUUCUGAUAGCACAAGAAAAGGACAAGAAGCUGGUAUCAAAUUUAAUAAGUAAACCUUUGGAAGGUUGCUAUAGCAAUCUCAUACAUGACAAUGAAAAAGGAAUUAAAGAUCUUCUGCUUUCCUUGAUUGGUCUAAAGGUUGCUCAGACACUUGAUCAAAUCGUUGCGUUUAUGGCUGGCACUCUUCUUGGUGUGCAACAGCAACAGUUCUUCAAAGGGAAAAGCCUUUUGGAAGUAAUAGAGCAAGCAUUGGAACCAUUAAUGGAGAAGGGUUUAAUUAAAGGCAAAAUAUCAAGUCGUAGCAAUGAGGAAGAAAUAUACCCAAAGUUGGAAGUCACAAAGCUGGGUCAUGCCACUUUUAAAGGAUCAAUAGACUUGGCUUACUGUGAUACUUUGAAUAUGGACUUGAAGAAAGGUUUGGAGGGUUUGGUGCUUGGCAAUUACCUUCAUCUGAUCUACCUAGUAACACCAUAUGAUGUAGUUGCCCAGUGCACUCCAGACUGGAUGAUCUACUUCAGACAGUUUCAUCAGUUAGAUGCAAUUGAACAGAAGGUCUUUGCAACAGUGGGUGUACCAGAGAGUUUCCUUACAAAAAAAGCAUCUUGCCAAAAAGUCAGGAAGAGUGUAGAUAGCUUUGUUGCAGCCCGAUUCUACCUCUCCUUGGUGCUGUAUUCCCUUUACAAAGAAAUGAACACGUGGUCUGUGGCUCAGAAGUUCAACGUGUCUCGGGGCUUUUUACAGAGUUUGCUGAGUUCAGCAGCAACUUUCUCGUCUAAUGUGCAACAUUUCUGUGAGGAAUUGGAGGAGUUCUGGGCAUAUCACGCUCUCUUUAAAGAUCUCACUCAUAAACUGUCAUACUGUGUGAAACCAGAACUUGUCCCUCUCAUGGAAGUAUCGGGUGUCCAAGAGGCUCGUGCUCUCCAGUUGUACAAAUCUGGUUAUAAAUCUUUGACUUAUCUCGCCAAUGCAAAUCCUGACGUGUUAGUCAAGACGAUCGAGCACAUGUCCAAACGCCAAGCUAAUCAGAUUGUUUCCUCUGCUAAAAUGUUGCUAAAUGAAAAAGCUGAAGCUUUACAAGAAGAAGUAGAAGAACUUUUGAGACUGCCCAUUGACUUACCAAUACAGUCUGAAUCUAAUCUGACUGCUUGUUGACCUACAAAUACAGUCUGUUUCUGCUUAGACUGCCCAGUAGUACACAACUACACUCUGUGUUCAUUGAGACUGCUCAUGACACAUCGCCACUGUCUGUAUUUACUGAUACUGUGAGUUAGUUAGUUCAGGUUGACUGAAAGCUGGCUUGUGAUAGUGAUGCCAACAACAUGGGUUCAGUUCUCACACUAGGAUCAUCACAAAGACAGCUUUUUUCUCAUUUUGAAUGAUUUAGGAAAAAAAGUCAUAGCUUGAGUGCAUAAAUACAACCCUUAACAUUUGUAAACCAUGGUCUCUAUUUUUGAAAAUGUACAAAGAGUAUUGAAGUAACCACAAGUAAAUCAUUAGAUUUGAUUAAUUAAAUCUCUAUUUCCAUAUCUUUUGUAAAAGUACACAG